AUGAAGCCUGUGAUGGGGUUCUUAAAAGAGAAAAGUGAAAAGGAUCUUUUGACCUUGCUGGAGCCUUCAAGUGAAGUCUCAUGGAAGACAAGGCCUUUGCCAGUAUGGCUUUGCAAUGUGGCCCCUUUGCUGCAGAAUUUGCUGAAAGUAGAUGCCAAAUGCAUCUUUCCAGCCAAAAAGCUGGCAGAAGCUUUAGCAAAGAUCCAAAAGGAUCAUUACAGGAUCAAUUUCACCAGGAUGAAAGAUGAUCAGUUCAUUGACAAAGCUUGCCUUUACAUCAGGGUAGCAGCAGCCCAAUUGAGAGAACUGGCCACCAAGCCAGAUCAGUAUCAGAGGACCAUGAGGAAGGCUUCCAUUGUGGAGAAGCAAGUUUUGGAUGACUUGAUUGAAAAGAUCUCUUUGGGAGGUGAUCCAGGUGAGGGCAGCUUGGAGCAGGGUGAAGUCUUGUUGCCACAUCCAGCCGAAGAGCCCAAGGAGAAGGCUGCAAAGCCCAAGCAGAAGCCAGAGCUGAGCAUUUUCACAAGGAUUUUGUCCAAAAAGCCAAGCACCCCAGAGAAGAUGACACAGGCUGCUGAAGCUUCUAGCUCACAGGCCAAAAGCGGCAAGCCUUCUUGUGUGGCUCUUGUCCCAUGGGUGGCUGAAGCAAGCAGCAAGAAGCCAACCCAGCAGAGCUCUGAAAGGAAGGCCAAGGCCAAGGCUGGUACCAAGAAGGUUAAGAAGGGUGCUGCAAAGGCAGCCAAGAAGACAGCAAAGGCAAGCUCCAGUGCUCCCAAGGCAAAGCCAAAGUGCUCAUUCAGGCACCGGGCAACAUCAGCAGCCAAUCACAAGGCAAGGAAGUUGGCAGAGAAGAUGGGUCUCACACCCAAUAGUGCCAAGGCACAGGGUAGGGAAGCUGCCAGGGAAGUGUCCAGGCAGAUUAACCUGGGAAUUUUGCUUGAGGAGUGA